UGUAAACUGGAGACUCUGAGGCUGUCAGGCUGUCUGGUCACAGAGGAAGGCUGUGCUUCUCUGGUCUCUGCUCUGAGGUCAAACCCCUCACACCUGAGAGAGCUGGACCUAAGCUACAAUCACCCAGGAGACAAAGGUGUCAGACUGCUCUCUGCUGGACUGGAGGAUCCACACUGCAGACUGGAGAAACUCAAUGUGGAACAUGGUGGAGAGAACACAAUGAAACCUGGACUUAGAAAAUAUGUCUGUGAUCUCACACUGGACCCAAACACAGUAGACAGAUGCCUCUCUCUGUCUGAGGAGAACAGAAAGGUGACAUGUAGGACAGAGGAGCAGCCGUAUCCUGAUCACCCAGAGAGAUUUGAGGACUGUGGACAGGUGCUGUGUAGAGAGGGUCUGACUGGGCGCUGUUACUGGGAGGUAGAGUGGAGUGGGAGAGGGGCUGAUAUAGGAGUGACAUAUAAAGGAAUCAGCAGGAGAGGAAGGGGUGAUGACUGUUGUCUUGGAUGGAAUGACAAGUCCUGGAGUCUGUUCUGCUCUCACAACAGUUACAUUGCCUGGCACAAUGAGAAUCCCACGACCAUAGUCGUCCCCUCCUCCAGCUCCCACAGAGUAGGAGUGUAUCUGGACUGGCCAGCCGGCACUCUGUCCUUCUAUAGAGCCUCCUCUGACACGUUGACCCACCUGUACACAUUCACCUCCACAUUCACUGAGCCCCUCUAUCCAGGGUUUAGGGUUCAUGAUGAUUCCUCAGUGACUCUGUAAAUAAUAACCUGAAACACAUACACACACACACACUCACACACUGGACACACAAACACACACACACACACACACACACACACACACACACUGGACACACACACACACUCACACACUGGACACACAAACAUACAGGACACACACACACAAACACACAGGACAAAUACACACACGCUGGACACA